AUGUUCAAAAAUCAGUACGACACCAAUACAACUACGUGGAGCCCCACGGGCCGGCUGUUCCAGGUAGAGUACGCCAAUGAGGCGGUGAACAACGGCUCGGCUGCGGUUGGUGCGAAGAAUAAAGAUUUUGUUGUCUUGACUGCCCUGA